AGACCAUAGAGGAGUCGAGAGUCGAAUUGGAGAUGGUUCUACAGGAGCUGUCAAAAAAGGACGAUGAUAAGAAGACCAAUGAAAGAUUGAUGAAGAUCAUCGAAGCCCAGCAGCGGGCAAUUACCGACCUAACAGUAAAAUUAGACCUCCUACUGGAAACCGAGGUUUGUCAGCAACAGUGCCGUUUGACCUUGAUCAUGACCCGUCAGUAAAAUGCCCUCUGAUGAAACCUCUCCGUGUUAGACGUAGUAAUUUAGUGCAGUUUGAUGACUAGUAAGGGACUACCAGGCAUCCAUUCAGCUUUAAUGGGCGACCGAGCCUUGUCAGGAAACAGUUCGUUCAGCAGGGG